AUGGGCUCCGAUCCUCAGUACGCCAAGUGGCCGUUGUUGCCCCUGGCCCAGCAUGUCUUCACCCUCACGAACCCCUACGCCGCCAAGCCCGCACAGCAAGCCUCCAUCAAGGCCCUACAAGAUGCCAUCACCGAGCACAAGAUGGCCCCGCUCUACCGGUAUCUCGCCCACCCGACCGAGGGCAUCCUGAACCCGGCCGGCGAGGGCUCCUCGGCCGCCUCACAGAAGCCCUAUGCCCGCAAGUCUAGUACCGUCGGCAUGGUCGCCACCAACUCGACCAAGUCCGCUACCCUGCCCUGGGACGAGGCCGUCUACAACAAGCUCAAGGCCGAGAACGACAAGGAGCUGGAGGAUCUGCAGAAGGAGGAGGACGAGGCCGUCGAGAAGGCCGGCGACACAGAGGUCUCUGCCGCGAGGGGACAGAGGGCCGAGUUCUUUGCCCGCGUCGGCGACAAGGACAAAGCACUGGCCGCCUUUGAAGAUCUCCUGGACAAAACGGGUAUCCUGGGAACCAAGAUCGAUCUCGUCCUCGCCAUAAUCCGGACCGGCCUGUUCUUCGGCGACAAGGCUCUGGUCAAGAAGCAGGUCACGCGCGCAAAGACACUCGUCGAGAGCGGAGGUGACUGGGACCGCCGUAACCGCCUCAAGGCCUACGAAGGCCUCCACCUGCUCACCGUCCGUUCCUACAACCUAGCCGCUCCCUUACUCCUCGACUCCCUCUCCACCUUUACCAGCUACGAACUCUGCACCUACUCCAACCUCGUCGUCUACUCGGUGCUUGCCGGCUCGGUAUCCCUCAAGCGCGUAGACUUCAAGAGCAAGGUAGUCGACGCCCCCGAGAUCAAGGCCAUCCUCGGUGCCGAUGGCGAUGACAAGCUGUUGGCGCUAUCCGGCGCCAUCUCCGCCGGCCCUGGCGCUGACGAGGAUACCAACAUGGACGGAACGACAGCAAAGCCGGGCAGCGCAGCACCCAAGGGCACCACCGUCGUCAACCUGACCACGUUGGGAACUAGUACUGAUCAGCCAGAAACUGAAGUCGCCGUCGACUUUUCGCCGUUAGCCCAGCUGGUGAACAGCCUGUACACCGGUAACUACAAGCUGUUCUUCCAGGCCCUGGCCCUGGUUGAGGAGCAGUUCCUGACCCAAGACCGGUACCUCCACGAACAUAGGGGCUGGUUCAUCCGUGAGAUGCGUCUGCGCGCCUACCAGCAGCUUCUGCAGAGCUACCGGGUCGUCGGACUGGAGAGCAUGGCCAACGACUUUGGUGUCACUGUGGAUUUCCUGGAUCGUGAUCUCGCCAAGUUUGUCGCAGCGGGCCGCAUCCCCUGCACCAUCGACCGUGUCACAGGCAAGGGUGUCAUCGAGACGAACCGCCCGGACGACAAGAACAAGCAGUACCAGGAUGUUGUCAAGCAGGGCGACCAGCUCAUCACCAAGCUGCAGAAGUACGGCCAGGCCGUGCGUCUACGGGGCAGCGAGAGAGCAUAG